AUGGCGAAAGAGAGAGACAUCUCCAACCUCACAGAUUGGCUAACUCUUGAGUGCCAUAAGAGCUCUCAGCUCAAGGUCGCCCUUCUUAGCCAGACUCUAAAUGGAGAUAUUCUGGAAGAGACAUGGAGGUCUCAGGUGACCGCAGCCGAAGUACCUGUCAGCUAUCUACUCCAAGAGACUCGGGCUAUGUCUGAAUCCCGAUACUAUCUCAUCAUUGCCGGCAAAUGUUAUAGAGACGCUGUUGACGAGAUGCGUCUCUGUCGAACCAAGAUGGAACUGAAGGGCCGACUGAUUAUUUUGGAUACACCCCUCAAAGACUCGCUCACGAACAGCACAAAUCAUGAAAGUAGUGAAUCUUCACCCAAAGUCAAUGGGUACAGCAAUGGACAUUCACUCCGGGACGAAGACGUUCUAAAGGUUCAGCUGGGUAGCUCUCCGAAUUUCAAGGUUUUCAUGAGCCGCUUUGAGAAAGCGUUGUACGAAGAUGAAGUCUUCCUGGCUAUCUCAUCGAUUAGUGAUCCUUCUCGAGGUAGUAAGUUACUCGCAGAACAACCCCACAAGAACAGCGUUCGGACAUGUUUUGUUGGUUUGAAAGAAGCUGCGAGCUUGCAAGACAAAACAAUCAUCUGUCUGCUUGACGGGUCCUUUGUGAGCACAUGGACAUCUGAGGAGUUCGGCUUCUUUAAAGCUAUGGUUUCUUCGGCCAAAACCAUCUUCUGUAUCACCCAUGGUACGCAAAUGCUACAACCAUCCCAACGAGGUCUUAUGGGUGCCGGUGUACCAGGCCUUCUCCCUGUACUGCAUAAUGAGCUCCCUCAGGUUACCCUUUUCCACCUUGAUCUGUCCUAUGAGCUAGACGCCGCGGAUACCAAUAGUCUCGAACUUAUUUCUAAGGCCUUCUUCCAAUCCGUCGCUCCCUUGGCCGAGAAUGAUCAGCCUGAUUUGGAAUUGGCAGAGAUCAACAACCACAUAUUAAUCCCUCGUAUCAUUCCUGAUGAUGGUAUGGAUAUGGAGAUUGCUCUAUCUACCAGAAAGGCGCAGCUGUUACGACAAGGUGUUGGUCCGGGUAGGCCACUGCAGCUGGUUGGACUUGAUACCGAAGACGUUGAGACACACUGGCAGUUGGAUGAAGAUUCAGACAAGAAGCCUAACGCAGACGGGGUCGAAGCCGCUGUCACAGACAUUUCUAUGUGCCCAAUUGAGUCCGGUUCUAGGACUGCGCAUAGCCUAGUCGGAAGCUUGAUUACCGGAACCGUCACCCAGUAUGACGCAAAUGUGAGCGACUUGACGAAGGGCGAUACCGUUGUUGUCCCCGGUCUUCCGCACUGCAAAACUGUCAUCAAGCAGCACCAGUCCCUAGUGGCUAGGAUUGACUGCACUGCCCCAGGAUCCGCGGCGCAAGUUUGGGUUGAAUUAAUGACCUCUUAUAUUCUUGAAAACAUCACCCAUAUUGCUGCUGGAGAGAAGAUUCUUGUCCAGGAAGGUGAAACGGCUCUUGGAAAAGCUAUCAUCAGGAGAGCAGUGAACGAAUUCAGCGCUCAUGUUCAAGCGACUGUCACUAGUAAAGAGCAAAAGUAUCAACUCAUCAACCAGACAGGGCUAAGCCGGGACUUUGUGAUUGUCAGUUCCGGUGCUGAGAGCCCCAGUGCACUUUUCUCGUACUUGGCACACAAGACUGGUGGUACCGGAAUCGAUGUCGUUGUUUAUGCCGGAACUGGUGUUCCGCUUCACGAAGAAGUUGCUUUGUGUCUGUCGGAUCUUUCCCGUGUUGCUGCAGUUGUUGCACCCGGUCAACCACUGACCUCGUUGCCUCCGUUCGAAGGCAAUGUGAGCUUUGCCACAGUAGAUCCUCUGCGUAUUCUAGCAGAGCAGCCACGUCUAGUAUCCACGCUUCUCAAACGGAUGAGAAAAGCCUCUUUGAAGAUGGCAGACGUGAUUUCUGGCACUGCCUUCGACGUAUGCGAUCUUGAUGAGGCUAUCCGGACUGCGCAUACCUCGGAUUCGAAUGAUAUUAUUUCCGUCAGCUUGCUACCUGCAUCUGAGGACACCCUACCUGAAGUUCUUGUAAUGCCAACAGCCCCGGAAUUGCCCAAUUUUGACAGAGAUGCUACCUAUAUCCUGGCUGGUGGUUUGGGAUCGCUGGGUCUGAGGGUAGCCGAGUUCAUGGCAAGGAACGGGGCUACGCAUCUCGUCUUUCUUUCUCGUUCAGGCAACAACCGACACAAAGGCAAGCUCAAGAAGCUUCAUGAACUUGGGUGUGAUACCUUGGUGCUUGCAUGCGAUGUCACGUCUCAGCAAAGUGUCGCAAACAUGGUGAACGAAGUUGCACAGACUGGUCGGUCCAUCAAGGGCUUGUUCCAAUGUGCCAUGGUCCUUCAAGAUAGCUUGUUUGAGAAGAUGACUUACGACCAGUGGCAGACGGCAUUCAAUCCCAAGGUUGCCGGCAGCUGGAAUUUGCACAUGGCUCUUCCAGACAACUUGGACUUCUUCGUCAUGUUUCCUUCUGUUGUUUCCGUGAUCGGAAACGUGUCGCAGACCAACUAUACGGCGGGAAACUCGUACAUGGAUGCUCUGGCGCAACACCGUCGCUCACUCGGCAUGGCUGGCACGUCUAUCAAUGCUGGUCUCGUUGCGGACUCGGAUCACACGAUUGACGGAACCAGUAUGGAGGACUACCUGGAUCGUUCCAAACACAUCGCCAGUCCAAGUGGUGUAGACUUUUGGGCGAGCGACGCCAAAUUCAUGCAUCGCAGUCUCCGCAAGAGCGGCAAUGACCAAUCAGGCGAAGUUGGUGCUGGACAAGAAGUCGACGUGAACGCCAUGCUCGCUGCGGCGGCUACAAUUGAAGAUGCGCAGCUCAUCGUUCAGAAUGUAUUGAAGAAGCUUUUGGCGCCAGGAAUGGGUGUACAAAGUGCUGAGAUUGAUGCUGGACGCCACUAUUUGAGCUUGGAGGCCGUGGAAGUUCGUAAUCAAAUCUUCCGCCAGCUCAAGUGCGAUGUAUCUGUUUUUGAGAUCCUAAGUCCGAACUCGCUGGCCUGUCUAGCUAAUCAGCUAUUGCAACGUUCCCCGUUCGUUAAACUGUCUAGUGAAUAA